CUAGGAAACGUACACAAAUUUAUUUUGGACGUUAGACAGUUAAUAAAGUUGUAAUAAGCUUAAUAAUUUGUAAAAAGAAUGGAUGAACCGCCUGAAGAAUGCGAAGAUGAAGUUGCCCCGGUUCAGCAAGAACCUCAAGUUACUUCAUCGGAUCCAAACGAACGAAAAUUAGCUCGAAGGUUAAGGAUUGAGCGCAGAAUUGAAGCUUUAAGGAGAGCUGCUUUAAGUCGCAGAAACACCGAAGAAGAAGGGAUAGAGAUGCAGGAAGAUGAAGGGGAACAGGAUGAAUCUGAUAGUCCGGCAGAAAAGAGUCUGGUACAAACACAACUGGAAAAAAGUGCAGCAGUGAUGGAUAAAUUAAUUACGGAAGCUUAUGAGAAUGUUACAAAUGUGAGAGUAGCUAAUGAGAGUCGUGAAAUUGAUCGGAGGGAGAUUGAAGGGAUUAAUCGUGAGAAAUUAAUCGAAGCUUUGGAGGAAGAGGCUAAAAAGGCGGAGGAAAUGUUUGAAGAAAUUGCAGAUCAUUGGAGUGAUAUUUUAAAGUAUCACGAUCCAUUAGCAAUUCACGAUGAAAUGGAAUCGCAAAAAGAAAAAUGCGAGGAAUUAUUAAGGCAGAAAGAUGGAAUAAUAGCAAUGUUAAAAGACGAAAUAAAAAAAGCUGAAAUAAACUUCACAAACGAUCAAAAAAAGCAAAACCAAGACAUAACUUCAUUAACACACCGCAUCGAAAAUCAAAUUAAAGCAAUGAGAGUGGCUUACAAAGCGGAAAUACAACACAUCGACGAUGUUAUCAUAGAAGAAAGAAAAAUCUUAAUCGAUAUAAACAACCGACAAUGGGAAGAAUUAUACAAAAAACGCGAACUCGAAGAAGAACGCCAAGUUAAAAGAAAAUUCGAACAACAAGAAGAAUUCAUAGUAGCAAUGGACGAAAUACGUCGCGUUCAACAAGAAAAAUAUCGCGAAAUAAAAAUCAGAUUAGAAAAGGAACUCGAAACGAUCGAAACCGAAUUUGAAGCCAUCAAAUCGGCCGCGAUGAUGAAUUGCGAAAAAUUAGAUUACAACUUUCAAAUAUUAAAGAAACGCGAGGACGAAAACUUGGUUUUAAAUUCGCAACAAAAAAGGAAAAUUAAUAAAUUACAAGAUGUCGCGAUUGCGAUACGAAAAAGAAACACCGAAUACGAGGAGAAAACUAAUACGGAAAUUGCGAAGUUGAUUAAAGACGUUACUAAGUUGCAAAAUUCCGCUGUUGAAAUCAAAACGAAAGCUGUUACUUUGUCGAAGAAAAACGACGAGAAGUUUCAACAAAUUUGGGAAUUGAAUGCUUUUGAUGCGAAUAAAUUGGUUAAUAGAAUUAUGGGGAUUGAUAAAAUUUUGUAUGAACAACAAUUGGGGAUUGAAUGGAAAAAACCUGAGGGUGUUAUAUUGAAUCAGAAACAACUUGGGAGUUAUAUCAAAGCGAUGGACAUUUUAGGAAACGAAGAUUCUAAAAUCGUAACAAAAUCAAAAGCAAGUCGCACUCCGUCCGAAAUGUCAAAAGGUGAAACCAAAAAGCAACAUGAACCCCCCAAAGAUAUACGGGCUUACAAACGACUUUUAAGGCAUAUUUUGGAUCGCAUCUCGGAAAGGAGCGGGUUCUUAAUGGAGAAGCGUCUCGAGGAGUUAUUAAAACCCUACGAAAUAAACAACCAACAUUUAGUUCAAAUCGAUAACGUAUUCACCGCCCUAGGAAUAAAAGAACAAGAAAACAUAGAUCAAUUAUGCUAUUUCUUUCUACCUUACGCUAAAUGCGCAAUUUGUGCCAAAUCGGGAACCCCCUCAAUUAAAGGAUCAGAGAAAUUUUCUACCACAGCUUUAGACGAUACGAACACAAGUUCAACAAUAAGUCUUGAAGAACCGCUUUAUAAACGUAUCCAACAAACCGUUUCUCAACCCGAAGAUGUUAUCUCAAACAUAAUCCAUAACUUAGUGGCUAUAGAAGAUAGUAGUGAUAGCACUUUAAGUGAAAGUUCAACAACGACGGAUGAAUGUAUGGCGCCUUCCGUUCCAUCGGAAAAAGGGGAUACACAAACGAUUACAACGUUACGAAAAUCGGUGCAUAGCACGAGAUUUAUGUGCAGAUUUAAUCACCCCUUACAAGUGAGCCCAGCGUACGUUAUUAGGGCUUUAAGAGAAUUUUUAGCGGCUUAUUUCAACGAUAAUUCAAGUUUGGAAGGGGCCGGGGUGGUUCAUAUUGAUAGACACGAAACUUUAUCGAGAUUAUUAAGCGAUGAUGAUAUAAAAUUAUUUUGGAUGAAAUAUAAAACGUUUUUUAAUGUGGGUAGGAUGAGAAUGUGGCAUGGAUUGUUUAUUGGAUUGCAGAAGUAUUACGAAAUGUUGAAAGAUCGGAGGAAAUUGAAUGAUGAAGUUUUGUGUUUGCGAACGCAAAAUGUUGAGCUAAAACGCUUGUUGGCACGUUAUGACAAAGAUGAAGAAAAGUUGGAGAAACCACCUUGUGCGGGACAAAGGGAAGUUUAUAUGGCGCCGUAUCAACCUAAACCAUGUCGAAAAUAAACAAUAAAAUUUAUUUUUUUUU